AUGGCUCACCCUCAACAGCAGGUUAUGCCUAUGCCGGAUUUUUCGAACGCAAUUGUUGCUCAGGAUGAGAUGGGCAGACCAUUUAUUAUUGUUAAGGAUCAAGGUAAUAAGAAGAGACAGCACGGUCUAGAGGCGAAGAAGUCACAUAUACUGGCUGCUAGAGCAGUUGCGUCGAUUAUUAAAACUUCUUUAGGUCCUCGUGGUCUUGAUAAAAUCUUGAUUUCGCCAGAUGGGGAAAUCACAAUUACGAAUGAUGGGGCUACCAUUCUAUCUCAAAUGGAGUUAGACAAUGAGAUUGCAAAGCUUUUGGUGCAGCUUUCGAAGUCACAGGACGAUGAGAUCGGUGAUGGUACUACUGGUGUAGUUGUCUUAGCUGGCGCGUUGCUGGAUCAGGCAUUAGAAUUGAUUGAAAAGGGUAUUCAUCCAAUUAAGAUUGCAAAUGGGUUUAACGAUGCGGCCAAAAUUGCCGUAACCCAUUUGGAAAAGCACUCUGACGAUAUUUCUCUCGAUGAAAGUUCUUUCAAAGACCACCUAUUUAAGGCUGCUAAGACGUCUCUUGGUUCGAAGAUUGUUUCUAAAGAGCAUGACAAGUUUGCACAAAUGGCUGUGGAUGCUGUCACCACUGUGAUGGAUGCAAAGCGUAAGGAUGUUGAAUUCGACUUGAUCAAACUCGAGGGCCGUGUAGGUGGCUCGUUGAAUGAUUCACAAUUGAUUCACGGUGUCGUUGUCGACAAGGACUUUUCCCAUCCACAAAUGCCCAAGGCAGUUACUCCAAAGGAUGGCAGCGACGGUGUGAAGUUGGCCAUCCUAACGUGUCCAUUCGAACCACCUAAGCCAAAGACAAAGCACAAAUUAGACAUAUCAUCAGUAGAAGAAUACCAAAAAUUGCAGACCUACGAACAGGAUAAAUUUAAGGAAAUGAUUGACUAUGUUAAAGAAUCUGGUGCAGAUGUGGUUAUUUGUCAGUGGGGUUUUGAUGAUGAGGCAAACCAUCUUCUACUGCAAAAUGAAUUACCAGCAGUAAGAUGGGUCGGUGGCCAAGAGUUGGAGUUGAUUGCAAUUGCAACGAAUGGUCGUAUUGUUCCACGUUUCCAAGACUUGUCUAGUGACAAGCUUGGUACCUGUGGUAUAAUUCGCGAACUGGAAUUUGGCACUACCAGGGACCGAAUGCUAGUCAUCGAAGAAUGUUCCAACAGUAAAACUGUCACAUGUUUUAUCAGAGGUUCUAAUAAGAUGAUUGUAGAUGAAGCAAAGCGUGCGUUGCAUGAUUCGUUGUGUGUUGUGCGGAACCUUAUCCGCGAUUCUAGGGUCGUCUACGGUGGAGGCGCAGCAGAGGUCGCCAUGUCUGUAGCAGUUGCAAACGAGGCUGAUAAACAGCGUGGGAUUGAUCAAUAUGCUUAUCGUGCAUUCUCGCAAGCUUUGGAUUCCAUUCCUAUGAUUUUGGCAGAGAUUUCUGGCUUAGAUCCAAUUGAAACCUUGUCUUCCUUGAAGAGCAAACAAAUAAAGGAAGGUGUGUCUACUAUGGGUGUGGACUGUUUAGGUAAGGGUACAACGAAUAUGAAAGAUUUGUUUGUGGUAGAUCCAUUAAUUGGCAAAAAGCAGCAAAUUUUGUUGGCUACUGAAUUGUGUAGAAUGAUCUUGAAGAUUGAUAAUGUCAUUAUUAGUGGGAAAGACGAAUACUAA